UUGUGUCGCUGUCUGGCCGUUUCAGUGCGAAUUGAAGCAUCGAAGGUGUCAGGUGUCUUGCGGUCUUUCAUUUUGUCGUCGUUCCGUUCGUAUAUUUGGCGCAUAUUUUGACGUCAGCAUCAACAACAACAGCAACAUCAGCGGCGUCUUCAAUUGGAGUCAAGCUUUUAUACUUGCAACUAAAUUAAAUGGCAAUGGGCGUGGCACGCCUCUCACUAAUGCUGCUGCUUGCGGCGCUGCUGCAACUUCAUCAUGUGGACGCAUAUUCCAAAUAUGGACGUGGCUGUGGCGACAUCGGUUGCCUGCCCACCGAGGAGUGUGUGAUCACCAGCGACUCGUGCAGCUACAACCAACGCGAUGGCAAGGAUUGUGGCAACUAUCCGACCUGUAAACGCAAGAGCGGCUCCAACACCAACCAGGCAAAUCCCUCGUCCUCGGUUAAUCCGUCAGGUAGCGUCCUCAAUCCAGGAUAUCCCAUGCAUGGCCUGCAGCCGGUGAAUCCCUACAAUCCACCGUUCGUAUUUGGUCAAUUGCCUUUCUAUUCGGGACCGGCCGGUACUGGCGGACCACCGGGCGGUGGUGGUGGCGGUGGCGGCGCUGGCGUCGGUAUGCCCAGCUCCAGUAUGGGCAUCCUUGGCGGCGGCGGUGGCGGCCUGGCGCCAUAUGGCAGCAAUUUCCAGGGCUAUCAGACCCAUCAUCAGAAUGCGAACAUGUACAAUAAGCCGCCGCCACAGUAUCAAAACCAGAACCAACAGAAUCCCUACAAUCGUCAGACCCAAGCGCAUCCCUCGGCAGCGGGGCAACUAGGUGGCAACUCCAACGCUGGACUCAUCUGUCUGUUGGCAGCGCUCGUCCUGCUGCUGGCCAACAUCCACAAUGGCAUCCACAAUGGCAGCACGUAAUAAGAUGCAGCAGCAGCAGCGACAACAGUUACUCUUACAAAUCACUUAAAUCCAAACUCAAAUUAUUUGUGCGAAUUUUUUAAAUCGCUUUUUAUUUCAUUUAAUUGCGUUUUCUAUUUAAUUCACUCUUUCUCUCUCUAUCUCUUUUGGUUUAUUGGGGCGCCAAUUUAAGUUAUAAUUAAGCAAAAGCAACAACAGCAACAAUAACAGCAACAGCUACACUCAAAGCUCUCUCUCUCUCUCUCUCUCUCUUCGAUUUUUGAUGGCUUGCAGCUCCUACAACUGAUCGCGCGUGCAAGAACGAGACGCACUGCGAGUUUCGUGAGUGCGUUUGCUUGCCGUCUCGCUUACGUCCGUGCCAAAUGAAUGAACAUAGCAAUUAUUAAAUAACAAAGCGCAAUUACAGCAAACUUAGCACAGACUUUGUGUACUAAAUAUAUGUACAUAUGUAUGUAUGUAUAUUCUUGUUGAGUUCAAAAUAAAUGGAAUAUAUUGCAUGCAUUUGUUGUAGCUAAGUAUUUGCUGCAAUUUCUUUUUAACAUUCUUCGCCUGCAACACACACACACACAAGCAUACGUAAUUUCAAUUUAAUAUUGUGUUCGCUUUGUGCAUGUGUACGUGUGUGUGUGUUAGUUCAUUUGUGUGGUUCAACUAUCAGUUAGUACUGUUGGCCCAAAAGCUUCUUGCUGGCUGCACUUCUCUCUGUUUUUUGCAGCUCAAUUAAAUUGGAAUUUAAUUUCGGGCUUAGUCCAGUGCCUGUUACCAGCCGCAGACCUUGGUCCAGGCCAGACACACACACACAGACACUCACACAGACACAUGUCUAUGUGCUGGUUAGAUAACAGCUUUGAUGUUGAUGUUAAUUUCAUUUUUGUUGAUGUUGAUGCUACGAAUUUUGUGGUAAACUCAGCGCAAGCAUUUCAGACUAUCAUUGCCUACUUGGUCUUGCUGUUGCUGUUGCUGUUUUUGUUGUUAUUGCUGCUGAUGGCCCAUUCAGAGUUGUUGUAGAUAAAAACAUACAUACAUAUAUACGCAUGUCAAUCAAAGUGCAUAACAAGUUGCUUUUUAGACUGCAGAAAAUGCAACAAAAAAAUUAAAAAAAAAAAAAAAUCAAAACAAAAACAAAAAUACGAAAAUAAUAAGAAAAAAAAUAUUUAGAAAUCUGAGCUGUGCACAAAGUGCACAACUAAACAUAAUAAUAACUAUAACUGUUUUUUUUUUUAUAUACAUAUAUAUCUAAACUAACAAAUGGAGUUAAGAGAGCGAAUAAAUGUUUGCGCCUAGAAAUAUGCAAUUGUUUUUAAUCAACAGACAGAUAAACUAAAAAUACAAAACAGCUCGAUUUCAGACAACAAUAACAAUGUAUAAAAUAAAAACAAAAUUCAAUUACUUAUAAUCUUAAGCAAAAACUGCCAGCAAUGAAAUAAUUCAAAAAGUGAAAAAACUAUUGAAAAGCCAAAAGUGUCAAUAUUAAAACUCAUCUCGAAUCAAAUUUACUCGAAAAUAACAAUAGCAUUUGUACACUCAACUGCAACAUAUUGCAUACCACAAAAAACCACACACACAUACACAUACACAGAGAAACACAUACUCUGCAAAGAGCGGGCAGUUAAUUAUUAUUUUUUAUAUAUACACAGGAAAUAUUAGAAAACCUUUAUGAAAUUGCUUGUGCUUUUAUUUGUUAAAUGAAAUCUUUUGUUAAAUAAUUUACUUGUUUGUAUGUUAACAUACCCUGUAUACAUAUAUGCAGAUGCAAUACAUACCAGACGUUCAUUAAUCCACAGAGUUGUUCGUCUGAUUUCAGGGAAUUUAUCACAUAGCUAACUUUACUUUUGGCCUAAAUACAAUCGCAGACUUUCAGAUAUAGCAUUGAUUCUGUGUAUACCAAUAGAUUAACCUUACUUCUGAAUAUUCUAAACAAUUCAGAAGAAUCACAAAAAACUGCACAAGACAGCAACAUUUUAAAUUUCAUAUAUACUUUUGUUGUUAGUUUAUUUGUAUUAAACAUGUGUACAGGGUAUCUGCUAGUCGAGCACAAUCGACUCCAUUUGUAUUUUAUUAUUGUUUCAUUGUAUUUUUAUUAUUUCUGACAUGAAUUUACUUGUGUAUAAAUAAAUGAAAUUUAAACAGUGAGGAAACAAAAAAACCGAAGAUAUUUACUCCGUCCGAAAACAUUGAGAGCAUUGUUGUUAUUAUUUUUUCGAAAAAAAACACAUUUAUUUCAAUACACUCGCUGAAAACACUCACAAACACUCAUAUUCACAUUAAUUUAAAUGAAACCCAACUAAAACUGCCAUUUGAACAGUAUUAAAGAACUAACAGAAGCAUUUUUAUCGAAUAUACUUUAAUCGAGAAAUAGAAACCCCCCCCAAAAAUUUAUAACUACCCUAGUCCUAUAAAUGGAGGAAUGAAGUGCAUGCGAGCAAUACAAAUAAUCGUACUUAUUCGAUAGUCAUAGUGGUAUUCAAGGUAUAUUCAAAAGGUAUUCACAAUGAUUACUCAAAA